AUGGCCGCCUCAACAAUGGCUCUCUCCUCCCCUGCCUUCGCCGGAAAGGCCGUCAAGCUUUCCCCGGCGGCAUCAGAAGCCGGUUCACAGAUCUUCAGCGAAGGAGGGCUCGAUUACUUGGGGAACCCAAGCUUGGUUCACGCUCAGAGCAUUCUGGCGAUUUGGGCCACUCAGGUGAUCUUGAUGGGAGCCGUUGAAGGUUACAGAGUCGCCGGAGAUGGGCCGUUGGGAGAGGCCGAGGACUUGCUCUACCCAGGUGGCAGCUUCGACCCAUUGGGCCUAGCUACCGACCCAGAGGCCUUCGCAGAGUUGAAGGUGAAGGAGCUCAAGAACGGGAGAUUGGCUAUGUUCUCUAUGUUUGGAUUCUUCGUUCAAGCCAUCGUCACCGGUAAGGGACCUUUGGAGAAUCUUGCCGACCAUUUGGCCGAUCCAGUCAACAACAACGCUUGGGCCUUCGCCACCAACUUCGUUCCCGGAAAGUGA